AUGGCUAUCUCUGACAUGCUGAAUCGCCGUGUGCGAGCUCGCCCGGAGGAGGACGAUGUGGAUUCAGAGGCAUCAGACUCUCGCGACCAUCUCUCCCAGGAUGAAGACGAUAGCGAAUCAGAGGAUGAGAUGCAAUUACCUGAUGACGCAGACAACUCCGAAGAUAUGGGAGAAGAGGAAGAAGAUGACCAGGACGUGGACGAAGAGGACCUCUCAGACGAAGACAACGGCGACGACGACAUCCAAGCCUCACUGAGCAACAUUUCCUUCGGGGCCCUCGCCAAAGCGCAGUCAUCAGUCGGGCCCAAAAAGAGAAAAGAAAAGCACAGCUCAAAACAACCAGAAAACUCGACCUCAACCGCCUCCCCGCUAGACGAUAUCCGCGCACGGAUCCGAGAAGCACGAGAGCAAAAGCGAGAGGCAGCCCAAAAAGACACCAAGGACCCCCAAACCAAAAAGACCAGCCGUGCAUCCAAGCAUGCACCAAUGGUCCAGUCCUCCAAGCACCCAGUAACCCGCAAACGCACCGUCGUCGAGCCCCCCGCCGCCCCCAAAGCGCGCGACCCGCGCUUCGACGCCGCGAUCAUGGGGUACACCGGGGCAGGGAAACACCACUCGGAGAGCACGAGCAAGGCAUACGCGUUCCUGGACGAGUACCGGGCGUCCGAACUCAAGGAGCUGAAAGAGCAGCUGGGCAAGACCAAGAACGCAGAGCAGAAGGAGGCGCUGAAGCGGCAGAUCCGGUCUGCGUCGGACCGCAUGCGGGCGAUGGAGAACCAGAAGCGCGAGCGCAAGGUCAUGGCGGACCACAAGAAGCAGGAGAAAGAGCUGCUGCGUGAGGGCAAGAAGAGUACGCCGUACUACCUCAAGAAGUCGGAUCUCAAGAAACAGGUUAUGCAGAAGAAGUAUGAGGAGAUGGGGUCUAGGGAUCGGGCGAAGGCGCUGGAGCGUCGGCGCAAGAAGAUUGCCUCUAAGGAGAGGAAGGAUAUGCCCAUGGAGCGUCGGGGGAUGGAGGGUGGUGGUGGUGCAGAGAAUGGAGGGAAGCGUCGCCGACUGGCGUAG